UCACAGUAAGCUGUCAGGCUAAACCGGAGAAGAUGGUGCUAAAAUCAGAAGAGGAGAUUAUAAAAUAUUCUAUGACCGAGGAGGAUCCAAACUCCAACGCUCAGAUUGUAAUUGCCGAGGAAGUUUCGAAGCCAAGAUGGGGACCACAGCAUGCAGGAGCCCAGGAACUUGCCAGCCAAUACACAAAAGGCAAACGGAUCCAGGAGACUAUUUGUAUAGGGGUUAGUACCACAUUGAUCGCCCACAACUUUAUCAUGUUGUGUUGGAAUUUCCACCUUGACAAGUGGUACUUCGUCAUCGCUUCUGCCUUACUUGGGAUUUUGUCAGCAGAUUUCAUGAGUGGGCUGGUCCACUGGACUGCUGAUUCAUGGGGCUCUGUGGAACUACCUAUCAUAGGAAAGGCAUUCAUCCGCCCCUUCCGAGAGCAUCACAUUGACCCCACUUCUAUCACGAGGCAUGAUUUUAUUGAGACCAAUGGGGACAACUUUUCUGUGACCAUCCCCUUUAUGGCCUACUCUGCCUACAAGUUCCUCACUUACAGUCCAGAACAGAUCCAGGAAGUUUACAAUUUUGAGUGCUACCUCUUUCUUUUGACCAUCUUUGUUAGUGUCACCAACCAGUGUCACAAAUGGUCCCAUACCUAUUUUGGCCUUCCACGAUGGAUCACACUUCUACAGGACCUCCAUAUUGUGUUGCCACGGAAACACCACCGCAUCCACCAUGUGGCCCCACAUGAAACCUACUUCUGUAUUACCACCGGUUGGCUUAACCUACCCCUGGAGAAGAUCCGCUUCUGGAGUACUUUUGAGUAUCUUAUAGAAGCUGUGACAGGCUGUAAGCCCAGGUCAGACGACCUCAACUGGGCCAAGAAGAGGAGUUGAUGGAUGUUGUCCAUUUAUAUAUAAGGUUCAUGUUAAGUUUAACAUUUUACAGAUUAAUUUCAUUUUCUGUUUCACAGUUUUACACAAUCAUCUGUCAUGAAUUUUGUCUCAUUUUAUUAUAUGUAAUUAUUUUCUGACCAAAUUGGCAUAUUAUUAGGAUGUCAAUAAAACUAUUCAGGUUUUAAUUUAAAAAAAGUUUUGGUGGAAGAAAACUGUUGCCUUUGAUUGACAAAUUUAAUCAAAAACACACUUUUAAUGUACAUGUGGAGACCUGUAUGUCGCAUGCUUUGCUUCCACAUCAUCAUUUAAUCUUGAAGUUUAAUCAUGCUUUAUAUAUGUAACUUCAUUAAUUGUUAUUGUUAAAAUAUUACAAAGUAUUUUUUCAACAUAGAUAGUUCUAAUUUUUUUCAUUUUUUUUUUUAAUAAGAAAUAUAUUCUGUAUCAAGUUUAGAUAUCAUCUAACUGUAUGUAUCAGAAAAUAAACCAACAUUGCAUUGUAAGAACAACAAAGAAUUUAAUGUUAAAAUCGCUGUAAACAUCUUUAAAUCUACCUUAGUGUUAUUUUUCAUAUUUGUAAAGAAAAAAUACAUAGUCACAUUGUUUAUUUUGUGGUUUCGAGAUCCCUAGAUCUGAAUGGUACUUGAUUACUUAACUAAGAAAAAGUAAACAACUAAAAUCGCCUAAAAAAAGGCUACAAACUG